GACCAUGGUUAUCCUCAUCCUAACUUUAAUAAUCAUUUUAAAAAUCAAAAUUUUUAAACAGUAAAUCUAAUUAAACUAAACAAUGGGACGAAUGAGCAGGCAGAGAAGAUACAAGUCAUGUGACCCAUUUACAAUUCAAAGAAAGAAAGAAGUGAAUAAAUUUGAUAAUCCACCCAAAAAAAGUGAACUAAAAUUUGAUCAGGUAUUUAACUCAAAGAAGUUUGAGAGGAAUCAGGCAAUUAUUGAUAGAGCUUCUGCUAAAAAAAAAAAAGAUAAAGUUCAAGUUGAGAAUGACAAUACUCAAUCAGUAAAAAAAUUGUUGAAAAGUAAUCAGCUCGUGAAGAGCGAUGCUAUUAAAAAUGGUAUCCCUGUGAUGAAACCUAAUGAAACAAAAAAGCAAUACUUCCAGCGUUUAGAUGAAAACAUAAAGGAAGCAAUCAGUAAAACCAUGAUGGAAACAAAAACUCUGCGCAAAAAAAGAAAACUACAUCUAAAAGCGCGAGAUGAAAAGAUAAAAGAGAAAAAGAAGAAAGUAGACCAAAGUGUUGAAAUUAAGGAUUUUUCUUCAUUUAAAGAUGAGAUUAAGUUUGGUGAAGUUGCAGAACGACCGCCAACGUUAUCUGCAGUUCCUAGAGGAGCUUCAAAGGAUAAGAAAUUAAACAACCUUAAACUUACUUCACUUCUGGAUGAUAAAAGUGAUGUUAAAUGCGUAAAAAAGAGAAAAGAAAUGACUUUUGUAGAGCAACAAAAGUUUGACAACGAUCGUCAAAAAGCCAUUGACGCUUACAGAAUGAUAAAGAAGCAGAAAAUGAAAGUGUAAUCGAAUGUAAUAUAAUCAGCCUCGACUGGAAUAAAGUUUAUUUUGACAGACUGUCAGAAAUAAUCGUAUUUUUCGCAUUGAAUCGAAAUUCUAAAAUGUUAGCAUCUCUCCAUGGAAGAUGUGAAAAGGAUGCAGUAACGUUGAAGUCAAUAGCAUUAAUAUAACUGAGCGAAAUUUUAUGACAUCUUUAUUUAAAAAAAAGAAAAAAGAAAACUUAUUAUGUCUAAACCGUUCAUUAAAAAUGAUGUAUUAGAAAUGCCAGUAAAAUAAGAAACAAAAAGUUAAUCAAAAAAAUAAAAGUGUUGAUUCUAUGAAGAAAGAAAAAUAAAACAAAGAACUUUAGUUUUCUAUAUAUAAUCGGAAUUACUUGUAAUAAAGUAUUUUUAAGUGUGUAUUUGUAAAAAAAAAAAAAGUAUUAUCUAUUUAAAAAAUCUGUAAUAAAACUUUACUUCGCCCUUUUCACCUCAUAGGAAUGUCUUAGUGAUAUCAUAUUUUGUAAUUAUGUUAAUUAAUUUAAAUAAAUAAUUAUUGUUAAAAUUUUCACUGUUGUAACAAUAUUUUUAUUUAUUUACAACUUACUCUACCAUGCUUAUCGUUUUAUCCACUAUAUUACUGCGUAUAUAUUGCAAUUUAUGAGCAAGGCCAAAACUACUGUCUGAUCAUCUGACGAUAGGUGACUAUAGGUAGUCUAUUUGACCCUUUUAUUUGUAUUUAUCUUUUUACAAGUAAAAUGUUUAUGUUUUGAAA